AUGGAAUUUGUGAACCGCGAGGCAGUCGAACGCAUUGCCUCACAGAUUGGGAAGCCGGUGAAGGUGGAUAGAACGACUAUGACAGGUGAUAGGGAGGAAUCUCUCGUCGUUAUGGAGGCAGAUGUCACUACUAGCGAGGAUAAUUUGGCCAACGAAAGUCAAAAUGCCCGGGAAGCUACAAAGCGGAACUUGACGCCAGCGGCCCGACACGCUGGCAACGUGGAUAAAAGUGUACCACCUGUUGCCCGAAUGGAGACUAAGCUGGUUGCAUUUGGGUACUUUGGAGUCGGCAGGAGUUAA